AUGCCGGAGAACGGCUCCUUUGCCAACUGCUGCGAGCCCGGUGGGCGGCCCGUGCGCCCGGGCUGGUCGGGAGCUGGCAGCACACGACCCUCCGGGAUCCCCCGCCCUCCCUGGGUGGCACCCACGUUGUCCACCGUGCUCAUCGUCAUCACCACGGUGGACGUCGUAGGCAACCUUCUGGUCAUCCUCUCGGUACUCAGGAACCGCAAGCUCCGGAACGCAGGUAAUUUGUUUUUGGUGAGUCUGGCAUUGGCUGACCUGGUGGUGGCCUUGUACCCCUACCCGCUAAUCCUUGUGGCCAUCUUCCACAAUGGCUGGGCCCUGGGAGAGGUGCAUUGCAAGGCCAGUGCCUUUGUGAUGGGCCUGAGUGUCAUUGGCUCUGUCUUCAACAUCACUGCCAUUGCCAUUAACCGUUACUGCUACAUCUGCCACAGCGUGGCCUACCACCGGCUCUGUGGGCACUGGCAUGCCUCCCUCUACAUUGGCCUUAUCUGGCUGCUCACCCUGGUGGCCUUGAUGCCCAACUUCUUCGUGGGAUCCCUGGAGUAUGACCCACGUAUCUACUCCUGCACCUUCAUCCAGACGGCCAGUGCCUGGUACACAGCGGCAGUGGUAGUCAUCCACUUCCUCCUCCCCAUCACUGUGGUGACCUUCUGUUACCUGCGCAUCUGGGUGCUGGUGCUCCGGGCCCGCAGGAAAGCCAAGUCGGAGAGCAAGCUGCGCCUGAAACCCAGCGAUGUGCGGAGCUUCCUCACCAUGUUUGCUGUGUUUGUGAUCUUCGCCAUCUGCUGGGCCCCACUUAACUGCAUUGGCCUCGCUGUGGCCAUCAACCCAGAAGAAAUGGCUCCCCAGGUCCCAGAGGGGCUUUUUGUUACCAGCUACUUCUUAGCUUAUUUCAACAGCUGCCUUAAUGCCAUCAUCUAUGGGCUCCUGAACCAGAACUUCCGCCGGGAAUACAAGAGGAUCCUCUCAGCCCUCUGGAACCCACUGCGCUGCUUUUCGGAUGUUUCCAAAGGCAGCCACACCGAGGGCCCGCUGAGCCAGGCUUCCCCUGCUGUUCACGCCCCACACCCUGUCCAGGCAGAUUCCCAUAAGAAACUGAAACUCCAAGAAGUGCAAGGAUUGUCUGAGUUCACAGAGCUGCUGAGCUCAGACCUAGAUGGGGAGCCUGAUUCUGUCUGGCAGCAGCACCAUACUUCUAUGUCCCUUCAUCCCCCCAGCACUGGUGCGCAGACUCCGGAGCUGGGCUUCCGAGCCGUGGGCAUCCUUGCUUUCCCCAUCAUGCUUCCUGAGCCCAUUCCUAACAAUAUAGAACACAGGCACAAAGAUCGACUGCUUUUCUAG